AUGCACACCCCUUCCAUCACAAUAACUUCAAGCCUAAUCAUUAUUUUUUCCCUGCUUAUUUUCCCCGUUCUAACAACUCUCAACCCCCUCCCCCAAAAAGAAAGCUGAGCCCUUACACAUGUAAAAACAGCAGUAAAACUAGCCUUUUUUGUAAGUCUUCUCCCCCUCUUUUUAUUCCUCAGCCAAGGAGCAGAAACCGUUAUUACCUCAUGAAACUGAAUAAGUACAUCAACCUUUGACAUCAAUAUCAGCCUGAAAUUCGACCACUACUCUAUUAUAUUUACACCCGUCGCCCUAUAUGUCACAUGAUCCAUUCUCGAAUUCGCAUCCUGAUAUAUACAUGCCGACCCCAACAUAAACCGAUUCUUUAAGUACCUUUUAAUUUUCUUAAUCGCAAUGAUUAUUUUAGUUACAGCGAAUAACCUCUUCCAACUCUUCAUCGGAUGAGAAGGUGUAGGAAUUAUAUCUUUCCUCCUCAUCGGUUGAUGACACGGCCGAGCAGACGCUAACACCGCAGCCCUACAAGCGGUCAUUUACAAUCGAGUCGGGGAUAUUGGUUUAAUCCUUGCAAUAGCAUGAAUAGUUUCUCAUCUUAACUCAUGAGAACUACAACAAAUCUUUGCAGUUGCCAAAGACUUUGACCUUACCUACCCACUUCUUGGCCUAAUUGUAGCCGCCACAGGUAAAUCCGCUCAAUUCGGACUACAUCCUUGACUCCCUUCUGCUAUGGAAGGACCCACACCAGUAUCUGCCUUACUCCAUUCCAGCACUAUAGUUGUUGCAGGCAUUUUUCUUCUAGUACGCAUGAGCCCUCUCUUGGAAAACAAUCCUACCGCCCUCACCACCUGCCUAUGUCUUGGAGCCCUAACCACACUAUUCACAGCCACAUGCGCCCUAACCCAAAACGAUAUUAAAAAAAUUGUUGCAUUUUCAACAUCAAGCCAGCUAGGUUUAAUAAUAGUAACAAUUGGACUAAACCAGCCCCAAUUGGCAUUCCUUCACAUCUGUACCCACGCUUUCUUCAAAGCAAUACUUUUCCUAUGUUCCGGCUCCAUCAUCCACAGUCUUAACGACGAACAAGACAUCCGAAAAAUGGGCGGCAUGCACCGCCUCACCCCCUUUACUUCCUCCUGUCUUACUAUCGGAAGCCUAGCCCUUACAGGUACCCCUUUCCUAGCAGGCUUCUUUUCUAAAGAUGCCAUCAUUGAAGCUCUCAACACCUCAUACCUAAACGCCUGAGCCCUUACCUUGACCCUCCUAGCCACCUCCUUCACAGCUAUUUACAGCUUACGCAUUGUUUUUUUUGUCUCAAUAGGACGCCCUCGAUUUAAUGCACUUUCCCCUAUUAACGAAAACAACCCUGCAGUUAUUAACCCAAUUAAACGACUAGCUUGAGGAAGCAUUGUAGCUGGCCUUCUAAUUACCUCCAACCUACUUCCACUAAAAACCCCCGUAAUAUCAAUACCGCUAAUGCUCAAACUAACCGCUCUAACCGUAACCAUCCUGGGCCUACUAAUUGCCCUAGAACUCGCAUCCUUAACAAGCAAACAAUUCAAACCCGCCCCCUACCUCCCCACCUUCCGCUUCUCUAACAUACUUGGCUUUUUUCCAAUAGUAAUGCACCGAUUCCCUCCUGCAAUAAGCCUAGGAAUGGGCCAAUCCAUUGCCAGCCAAAUAGUAGAUCAAACUUGAUUGGAAAAAUCAGGCCCUAAAGCCGCAGCCAAACUUAACACCCCCUUAAUUACCUCAACAAGCAACACCCAACGGGGCUUAGUAAAAACUUAUCUUAUUUUUUUCCUCAUCACCCUUAUAUUUACCAUACUAAUCUUCUUUAUCUAA